AUUGGAUUAUUCCCCCAAUUCAAUGUUGAUUUCCAUUUUUGGUAAAUCUUGAAGCAAAACAUAAUUCAGUAUAUGAUUUGAGAAAUUGUUGUGAGGGCAUAUUCUAUUGCAGAAGCGUAUAUAAGUAAAGAAAACAAAACAAAAAGUGAGAACGACAAUAAGUCCAAAAAUAAAAAGUCACGUUUUUCUCCUAACUAACUCAAAACUCACGAGCAGCACUACUCGAUCUCUAUAAAAGCAUGAAACCCCAACCCCUUAACAACAUAUACAAACACAUUCUUCUUAAAGGCAAAAAUGGCAGGAACUACGCAGAGGAAGAGGGAGGUGUUUCCGAGCAAGGAUGAAUUGUCGGUAGCAUUGGCUAAGUACACUGCUAAUCUCUCGGCCAAGUUCUGCAAGGAGAAAGGAUAUUUCACCGUUGUUCUCUCCGGCGGUGGCCUCAUCGAUUGGCUCUGCAAGUUGUUGGAACCUCCUUACAUAGAUAGUGUCGAAUGGUCAAAGUGGCACGUCUUUUGGGUGGACGAGAGGGUUUGUUCAUAUGAAGAUCCAGACAGCAACUACAAACUCGCCAUGGAUGGGUUUCUCUCCAAGGUUGGGAUUCCAAAUGAGAACAUCUACGCUAUCGACAAACACUAUGCAGCUGAUGGUGACGCGGAGAACUGCGCGAUGCUCUACGAGGAGUGCUUGAGGAAACUGGUGAAGCAAAACAUACUUCCACUAUGUACAUAUGGCAAGUAUCAAUAUCCUCAGUUCGAUCUCCAGCUUCUAGGGAUGGGUCCUGAUGGCCACAUGGCGUCUCUCUUUCCUGGACAUCCUCAGAUCCAUGUGAUUGACAAAUGGGUCACUUACAUCACCGACUCUCCAAAACCGCCACGAAAAAGAAUCACAUUCACUUUACCGGUCAUCAACUCGGCUUUGUACAAUCUCAUGGCCGUUUGCGACGACCACACAGAGCAAUGUCCACGUUCCAUUGCUGAGAUCUUUAAGAACAACAAUCUCGCCUUACCUGCUGCUAAUCUUACUGCUCAAGUCGAAGAAAUGUGGUACCUCGACCAAGCAGCUGCCUCGAAGCUUUAGAGAGUCAAACACCUUCAUAUUGGUGUCCUUUAUAUGAAUAAUAAUCUAUCUUUGCUGCUUUGUGGACCGAUCGAGUUGUUGCUGUUUGCAUGCAUUUGUGUUGAAUAACCGGCUAAUAAUAAUGCAUUUUGCGUACAUAUGUUAUGUACCAAAUGUAUCGAAACGCCGAUUUGUUGUUUCUCUCUAGUUGUGUAACUUGUUUGAGUCUGUGAUGUUGUGCUAUAAUAAUAAUAAAUAAAGCUAUAGCUAUA